AUGGCAUUGGUUUCAGCAGCUCCAUAUUUGGCUUUACUAGGAGAGCAAGAUUUAAGUUUGAAAUCAUAUGCUUUAUCAUCAUUAAACCAAGUUGUUGAUCAAUUAUGGGCAGAAAUUGCAAAUAAUAUAACUGAUUUAGAAGAAUUAUAUGAAGAUACAAAAUUUGAUAAAAGAUCCUUAGCUGCUUUAGUUAUAUCUAAAGUUUAUUAUAAUUUAGGUGAUUUUGAAUCAUCUGUUAAAUAUAGUUUAUAUGCUGGUGAAGAAUUUAACUUAAAUGAAAAAUCUCAGUAUAUGGAAACAAUUGUUAGUCAAUGUAUUAAUUUAUAUACUUCCUUAUCACAAAGACAAUUUAAUGAUCCAUCAGUUGAAAUAGAUUCAAGAUUAACUGAAAUUUUUGAAAAAAUGUUGGAUAAAUGUUUAAAAGCAAAUGAAAUAAAAUUGGCCUUGGGCAUAGCUUUAGAAAGUUACAGAUUAGACUUGGUAGAGUCAAUCUUAAGAAAUCAAAUUGAAAAAAAUGAAGAAUCAGCAUUAAGUUUAAUAAAUUAUGUUUUGAUCUGCUCAAAUUCAACUAUAAAUAAUUCAACAUUCAGAUUCAAUGUAUUAAAUUUAUUAGUUUCAUUAUUAUUAUUAUUGAAAAAACAUCAAGACUUUUUCACCAUUAUUAAAAUUAUUGUACAAUUGAAUGAUUCACAAUUAGCUACUAAAUUAUUUCAAGAAUUGAUUAUACAAAAAGAAGAUUUAAUUGCAUAUCAAGCAGCUUUUGAUUUGGUGAAUGCAGCAUCUCAAGAAUUAUUAGAUUCUGUUACUAAUCAAAUAAAUGCCGAUCUUAAAAAUGACGAACCGAAUCGAACAACUAAAAAAGUUUUACUUAUAUUAUCUGGUGUACCAACUUGUGAUUUCGAUAUUACAUUUUUGUAUAAAAACAAUAAUACUGAUAUAACAAUUUUAAAUAAAACUAAAAACUUAUUAGAUGGUAGAUCAUCAAUUUUCCAUUCAGCUGUUACAUUUGCCAAUGCUUUUAUGCAUGCAGGUACUACUGAUGAUUCAUUUUUUAGAAAAAAUUUAGAAUGGUUAGGUAGAGCUACAAAUUGGUCGAAAUUUUCAGCAACUGCAGCUUUAGGUGUUAUUCAUAAAGGUAAUUUAUCACAAGGUAGAAAUAUUUUAAAACCAUAUUUACCAGGCUCACAAAAUGCACCACAUACAAAAGGUGGUUCAUUAUUUGCUUUAGGUUUAAUAUUUGCAGGUCAUGGAAGAGAAGCUAUUGAUACAUUGAAGAAAUUCCUCGAUGAAAAUGGUAAUGCAGCAGGUUCAAAUGAUAUUGAUGUUCAAUUACAUGGUGCUGCUUUAGGUGCUGGUGUUGCAGGAAUGGGAUCAAGAAGUGAAGAAUUGUAUGAAUCAUUAAAAGUUGUUUUAUAUUCAGAUUCAGCAAUUUCAUCUCAAGCAGCUGCGUUAGCAAUGGGUUUAGUUAUGUUAGGUUCAGGUAAUGAAUCAGCUACUAAUGAUAUGUUGACAUAUGCAUUGGAAACUCAACAUGAAAAUAUUAUACGUUCAUUAGCUAUUGGUAUUGCAUUAUUAAAUUAUGCACAAGAAGAAAAAGCAAAUAUCAUCAUAGAUAAAUUAAUGUCACAAGAAUCAUCUAUAUUAAGAUAUGGUGGUGCUUUUACAAUUGCAUUAGCAUAUGCUGGUACAGCAAAUAAUUCAGCAAUCAAAAAAUUAUUGCAUUAUGCAGUUUCUGAUCCAAGUGAUGAUGUAAGAAGAGCUUCAGUGUUAGGUUUAGGUUUCUUAUUGAUUCGUGAUUAUACUGCUACUCCACAAAUUGUUAAAUUAUUAUCACAAUCUCAUAAUCCACACGUUAGAUAUGGUACUGCAUUAGCAUUAGGUAUAUCAUGUGCUGGUAGAGCUUAUUCACCAGCAAUUGAAGUUUUAGAACCAUUAACUAAAGAUCCAGUUGAUUUUGUUAGACAAGGUGCAUUAAUGGCAUCAUCAAUGAUUUUAAUUCAACAAAAUGAAUUUAUAUAUCCAAAAGUUAAAGAUCUUACAAUACAAUAUGCUGAUUCAAUUAAAAAUAAACAUGAAGAUGCUUUAGCUAAAUUUGGUGCUACUUUAGCUCAAGGUAUAAUAGAUGCAGGUGGCAGAAAUUCAACAAUAAAUUUAGAAAAUUAUCAAACAAAUACAUUAAAUAUUAAAGCAAUUGUUGGUUUGACUGUUUUUGUUCAAUCAUGGUAUUGGUUUCCAUUAGCUCAUUUCUUAUCAUUAUCAUUUGCACCAACUUCAGUAAUUGGAGUAAGAGGUUCAGAUUUAAAAAUUCCAAAAUUUGAAAUUAAUUGUCAUGCAAAUCCAGAAUAUUUCCAAUAUCCACCAAAAGUUGAAGAAGCAAAAGAAAAGCAACCUGAUAAAUUAGCAACUGCCGUUUUAUCAACUACUGCAAAGGCAAAUACUAGAGCUAAGAGAAAACAAAGUAUAAAAGAAAGUGAUGAUAAAAUGGAAGUUGAUGAAGUGAAGAAAGAAGAUGAAAAGAAGGAAGAUGAUAAAAAACAAGAAAAGAAGGAUGAAAAGAAACAAGAGAAAAAGGAAGAAAAAUCAGAUUCUCCAGUUAUUGUACGUUAUACCAAAACACCAUAUAAAAUUGGAAAUUUAUCAAGAGUUUUACCAUUGCAAUCAAAUUAUAUAUCAUUUAUUAAAGAUGAUAGAUUUGUUCCAGUUAGAAAACUUCGUGGUGCUUCAAGUAUACUAGUUUUGAAAGAUACAAAACCAGAUGAACCGGUAGAAUUUAUUAAAACCGUAAAACAAUUGAAUCAAACUGAAGCACCAGUACCUGAACCGUUCACCUUAAGUGGAGAUGACUUAAACGAUGAAGAAGAUUAA